GUUAUAAGUUUUUGGUUGACAAUAGUUGGUCGAUAGAUCAAAUUGUUGACGUAUUUUUUUGACAGUUUGUGACUACGUCAUUAUCGAAGAAAGUACUGUAUCUGCAUGGUUACGAUGGGCGAACCCCUUACAUUAGCGAAUGAUGUUAAAAGAUCUAUUGAAUUAUUAGACAAAUUACAAAAAGGUGGUGAAGUACCUGCAACAAAAUUAGCUGCCUUACAAAAAGUAUUGCAAAGUGAUUUUCUUAGUGCUGUACGUGAAGUAUAUGAACAUGUAUAUGAAACUGUGGAUAUUCAGGGAUCUCAAGAUGUUCGUGCAUCAGCUACAGCAAAAGCAACAGUUGCUGCUUUUGCAGCAAGUGAAGGCCAUGCACAUCCGCGAGUAGUAGAAUUACCAAAAACUGAGGAAGGUCUUGGUUUUAAUGUAAUGGGUGGUAAAGAACAGAAUUCGCCAAUUUAUAUUUCACGAAUUAUUCCUGGUGGUGUUGCUGACCGUCAUGGUGGUUUAAAACGCGGUGAUCAACUUCUUUCAGUUAAUGGAGUGUGUGUUGAAGGAGAAAAUCAUGAAAAAGCAGUAGAAUUAUUAAAACAGGCUCAGAAUUCAGUGAAAUUGGUUGUACGAUAUACUCCACGUGUUUUGGAAGAAAUGGAAUUACGAUUUGAUAAACAAAGAGCUGCACGUAGGCGUCAACAUAUGCAAUAAAAGUAAAAAGUUGUUAUAUUCAUUACUUUCUUUCAAUAAAUUAACCAUAUAUAUAUAUA